UCUCCCACCCCUCCGUUGCCCUCCAGAAGGGAGGAGGGGGGCUGGCAGCCGGCAGAGCGAGUGCGAGAGGCGGCAAGGCAGGCGUGCGGGAGGCAAAGCCCGGGCUCGGCCGGCCAGUGAGAGGGCAGACCUGUCUCUGACCCAUGGAAACGGCCACAUCUCCCCAGAGCCUCCGAGCUCUGACCAGGCUGAUACAGUCCUUGCCCUGAGGCUGCCAGCAUCGCAGCUUUGAAUUCUCCAGCCCAGGGAAGAUGAGCACGGGGGACGCUGGCAACGGGACCUCUGCCACCUCCCCUCUCCUCGGGCUUCUGGUUUCAACCACCGAGCUGGUCCUGCCCAGUCCCGCAUCCCCCGAGAAGGCAGACCCGCUGCCCAUCAUCGUCGCGCUCGUCUGCAUCUUCCUCCUCCUGGCAACCUUCCUCAUCUUUGUCACUCUCUGCAAGCCAGCGGCGCUGGACCAGUUCGGCUCCGGGCCCCGGGAGUGCAUGCCCCAUCACCCGGCGGAUGCCAGCGAGCCCCGGCUGAGGCUCUGGAAGCGGCUGGGCUCCCUGCGACGCUCCAUCAACACCUUCAGGAGGAGUCGGCCGGUGUCCCAAAUCCAGCUCACCUGCCCCAGGAGCUCCCUCGCUAGCCAGGACUGGGCCACCGUGGAGUCCACCAAAAUGUGAUCCUGCUCUGUGGGAACUAAACCACCCCACCCCGCUAUUCUUGCUCAAGCUUUUGGUUCAGGCUCAGUUCCCUCUUCCAACAGCCCACAGUAUCCUGGGCAUCCCGGCAGUGUCCCUCUGAGCAGCUCAUUUCCAAGCAGCAGCUCUGCAAGGUGACAGCAGAUUUUGCUGUUUCAAGUUCCUGAAUGCUUUCCAGGUUACUGUUUCCUGGCAGGAAAGGUGGAGGCAUCCGAACUCCACCCACACACAGCUAUCACUGGGCAGUUCAAAAAAUAUUGCUGCUUAAUUUCUUUUGGAAAACAUCGUGCAAGUUGCGAGACACCUGAACAAACAGCCUGGGUGAGAGCAAAGCAACCUGGCUGCCUAACAAAUACGGCCUUAAAGAGAGGCAUCCCGGUGCAAAAGUGCUCCACAAAAAGCAAUCCUCGGCUGAGAUUGCCCCCUGAGAUGUCCCCCUGAGCAGAUGGAGGAAGGCUCGUGCCCCCUGCUAGUCCCUGUCUCCCCCCUCCCCAUGCAACGAGCCGUGAGUUGCUGCGGUUGAUGCUCGGAAGGAUGCACGCUACAGCUGUCUGCUGGAAACCUGCUUCAAUAAAUGAGCAGCAGGAGCAGGUAAACACGCCUGUAAAUACAUUAAAGAGGCCUUUUGAAGCUCACAGCCGCUGCCAGCUUGGAAAGCCACCAUGCAAGGCUGAGCUGCUCAUUUCUGCUGGGAAAGGGUACAACAGCCAGCAGGUAAUCUGAUGUGCUUGAAGAAAUCAGUAGGAAGAAGAAGAAGCGGUUUAAAUCUUCCAGGUCUGCAGCUCACACUGCAUUCAGCCAUCAUGUUCACCCCUUUGGGUGAAGUCUCCAGGCCCGGAGAGGCCCUGUGGUGAACACCAAACCCCAUCUCUCUGGAUUUCACGUGGUUUCUGACCCUUGCGAGGUGCAGCUCUGCAUGAGGACCUCCCCAGGCUGCCUGGGACAUUCCUGCUCUCCUCCAGCCCUGGGCUGCCUGGCUUUCAGAGAACGGGAUGGGGGAAACCUUCCAAAACUCUUUUGUUGCCAUGAGGAUGUGGGGAUGUAUUUGAAGGGGGGAGAACUUUGGUACAAAUGGUUUGCACUGAAGGUGUAAAUUCAACUAAACCCAGGUGACUGCCCGUUUCCAUUUCCCUCUGUUUUUGUUCUGUGGAAAACAAACUUCCCACAAAUACUGGCUCUCUUUUGCCAUGGGCUUCCAAGGGCAUCUCCCUCUUUUGGGAAGCGUGCUCUGAGAAGAAGAACGUUGAUGUCAGACUCGUGUUUCCUUCAUUCACAGUCUCUCAACUUGAAAAAAAGGCUGCGUUUUAGGACAUGGCUGGGCUCCUCUCUGCCUGCACAGCUCUGCCCUGGCUGCAGAUGCCUGACCCCAGAGACAGGCGCGGUGCUACAGGCAUCGUGUACACUGUACCCGUGGCACAACAGGUGACAAGGAGCCGCGGGGCUUGCGCUUGGGGACAGGCUGCCCCGAGCACCACGCACGGCUCCCAGCAAAGCUUUGUUGCGAGAGGCAAAAGGCUCCUUUCUUCUCUCCCGGUGACUCACCCUGCCAUCGAGAGCCAGGGACAAAGCUACCCCUUUCCCUGUGAUGGGAGAGGUAUUCAAGGCAGGAGGAGCCUUCCCAGGGCCCUCUGCAAAGAGCCUUUGGUGCCCGCUCCAGAAGAGCCCUGGGUUUGAAGGGAUGCUGGAAGCCCUCGGAGGCUGAGUGAAUGCCUGCAUUCAUUCAGCGCUCACUGAGCCAUUCAGCUCUGCCCACCGCUCCCUCAAAGAGGAACAAAAAUGAAAGCAAAGUCCAAAUGAUUUUCUCCCUCAGUUCCAACCUCCCCCCCGCCCCCCCCCCCCAAGCAUCUAUGCACUCUUCUCCCUCCCCCUUGAGAUCUCCGCUCUUGGCCCCUUUUCUGCUGGGAGGAGGGAGAAAGCAAGGAUGCAGCCAGGCAAAGGGGCCUCGCCAACACACAGCUUGGGUUUUGCUCCU